CUUUUUUUUUUUUUUUUUAAUUCCUGUUUUGCUUAGUCCGGGGAGUUUCGUCCACAGCCUCCUACCUCCUCCCCCUGCGCCCGGCUCUGCCGCGCGGAGGAUGGUGUGGAAAUGGCUGGGAGCGCUGGUCGUGUUCCCCCUGCAAAUAAUCUAUCUGGUGACCAAAGCAGCCGUGGGACUGGUGUUGCCCCCCAAGCUUCGGGACCUGUCCCGGGAGUCAGUCCUCAUCACCGGCGGUGGGAGAGGCAUCGGGCGCCACCUCGCUCGGGAGUUCGCAGAGCGUGGCGCCAGGAAGAUUGUUCUCUGGGGCCGGACUGAGAAAUGCCUGAAAGAGACAACAGAGGAGAUUCGGCAGAUGGGCACAGAGUGCCACUACUUCAUCUGUGAUGUGGGCAACCGGGAAGAGGUAUACCAGAUGGCCAAAGCUGUCCGUGAAAAGGUGGGUGACAUCACCAUCCUGGUGAACAAUGCUGCCGUGGUCCAUGGAAAGAGCUUGAUGGACAGUGAUGAUGAUGCCCUCCUCAAGUCCCAGCAUGUCAACACCCUGGGCCAAUUCUGGACCACCAAGGCCUUCUUGCCGCGCAUGCUGGAGCUGCAGAACGGCCAUAUCGUGUGCCUCAAUUCCGUGCUUGCGCUGUCAGCCAUCCCUGGCGCCAUCGACUACUGCACAUCGAAAGCAUCGGCCUUCGCCUUCAUGGAGAGCCUGACCUUGGGGCUGCUGGACUGUCCAGGUGUCGGCGCCACCACUGUGCUGCCCUUUCACACCAGCACCGAGAUGUUCCAGGGCAUGCGAGUCAGGUUUCCCAACCUCUUCCCGCCGCUGAAGCCAGAGACAGUAGCCCGGAGGACAGUGGAAGCUGUACAGCAAAACCAGGCUCUCCUCCUACUCCCAUGGACCAUGAAUAUCCUCGUCAUCUUGAAAAGUGUACUUCCACAGGCUGCACUAGAGGAGAUCCACAGGUUCUCAGGGACGUACACCUGCAUGAACACCUUUAAGGGAAGGACAUAGAGAAAGACACACCUGAGGAGCCGAGCCCGAGAGGAGCCACAGUACCCAGGCACACACUCGUGCGUCUCUGCAUUGGCAUGUCUGCUGGGUGAGCAGGACUGUUCCUGUCCCCAGGGAAGAUUUCGAGGCUCCCGGGUCAACUCCAGGACCUUUGUGCAAGACUGAUGUGUGUAACUCUGACCCCCAUGGGGAGGCGAGACGCCAUUCAGCGGCCACCUGACGACUUUGUACAUUUCUCACUCUGUAGGGUCUAUUGUUAAAUUGCUUCUCCAGUCUAACCCGCCUGAGCAGUGUGCAUCUACGAUUUCCAGGAGAGUCUGCGUCCCAGACAUUCUGCCUUCCCCUCCAACCCCUCUGACCCUCAGCUCAUGCAAACUGGUUAAAGGGCAAUAAAAGCAAAUAAAGAGGUGGCUUUCGCA